AUUAUUAUUUCAAAAAUCAUCAUUUUAUUAGUGCUCAAAGGGAAAAUAUCUUCUCUUUUUAACAAGUGGACUGGACAACAAAAAAACAUCAAUUUGAAACAUUGAUUUUUUUCGCAAGUUUUUGUUUCUAUAGUCCAUUGAAUUAGUUUAUAUGUGUAUGCUUUUCAAAUAUGUUUUUAACGUUCUUCUCACUGUCUGUGUCGUCAAGAUGGUUGUGAUAAUGAUGACCAUUUCCAUCGGACAUUUCAAUUAUUGAUUGUAUUUCCAUUUUUUAAUUUUGAAUUACAAUGGAAACUGUGUCAGCCAAACAGCAACAAGAUUGGCGAUUUUUUGCCAAAUCCUUUUUAGCUGGUGGUCUAGCUGGUAUGACUUCGAAAACGACUGUUGCACCAUUGGAUAGAAUCAAAAUCUUGCUUCAAGUUCAUAAUAGCCACUACAGAAAUCAUGGUGUUUUGUCCGGAUUGGUUGAAAUUGUUCAGAAAGAAAGUUUUCUCAGUCUCUAUAAAGGGAAUGGCGCUCAAAUGGUCAGAAUAUUCCCAUAUGCGGCUGUACAAUUCAUGUCGUUUGAAGCCUACAAACGUGUACUAUCUCAAAUGUUCGUUGAUGAUGAACGGAAUUCUUUCAGAGCCAAUAUACCAAAUAAUCAUCGUUUGAAUGUAAAUCAUGAAUUGAAAUUCAUUGCUGGCUCGAUGGCUGGUGUAACAUCCGUUCUAAUGACAUACCCAUUGGAUUUGGUUCGUGCUCGUUUAGCAACGGUCGUCAAUACUAAACGAAAUCCAUUGAUUUCCAUCAAAACAGCCGGUGCACCAACAACCAUUUUGGGAACAUUAGUAUCAGUGUUUCGUAACGAAGGUGGCAUAACGGGUCUUUAUCGAGGAAUCACGCCGACAGUGUUGGCCAUGAUUCCAUAUGGUGGAUGUAAUUUCUAUAUGUUCGAACGUUUGAAAUAUUGGUGCGUCAAUUAUGCACCUACAUGGACCUGUUAUCGAGCGCCCAACGACAAACUAGUGCUAAAUAUUCCUUCAAAAUUUCUUUGUGGUGGUAUAGCCGGAGCCAUUGGUCAAACGGCCAUAUAUCCAUUGGAUGUAGCCAGACGACGAAUGCAAUUGGCCAUGACUAGCCGAGAAACGGCCAUUUAUUCAGAAAGUUUUGUUCAAACACUUAUUUUGACAUAUCGAUCACAUGGUGUUAUACGUGGCCUAUAUCGUGGUAUGAGUGUCAACUAUAUUCGCGCCGUUCCAAUGGUGGCCAUGUCGUUCUGUACAUAUGAACUUUUAAAACAAUUAUUUGGAUUGGAAACAGGCGUCUGACCGAACAACAGUAUUGUCCGCAUCAAAUCGAACAUCAUUCCAUCGUGAUCAUUAUUUUUUAUUAUCUAGGUUUUUUUCUCUUUAGUAUUAUCCAUUUUUAUAAAAUACACUCGGAAUUAUCCAAAAUAAUUUUUCUAACUAAUGUAUUGAAUAAAAACACUUGAUAAAUAAA